UUAUUUCUAAUCUUGUUAAUCUAUUCUUGCUUACUUCUCCACCAGAUAUGAAGGGAGAAAUGGCUCAAAGAAUCUUCAGUGACAUUUGUGGGCUUCGAUAUAACAGAUCAUUAGGAUUAUCAAGAAUAACUGGAGGAGUAUCAUCUGGGAAAUGGCCAUGGCAAGCCAGUCUCCAGCGAAACAACAUCCAUCGUUGUGGUGCAACAUUGAUCAGCAACACAUGGCUUCUAUCUGCAGCACAUUGCUUCAGAGAAGCAAAAAAUCCACAUAAAUGGACAGUUAGCUUUGGAACCUAUUUAAGACCUUCUCUAAUGAUACGGCUUGUCAAAACAAUUAUAAUUCAUGAAAAAUACCAGAAUGCAGGCCAUGAACAUGAUAUUGCUGUUCUGCAGUUGACUAAAAGUGUAGAGUUUACAAAUGCUAUUCACCGAAUUUGUCUCCCAGAUUCAAAUGAAAAGAUUCCAUAUAAUAUUGAUGCUGUGGUUACAGGAUGGGGGGCACUUAGUAAUGAGGGUGAAACGCCUAAUGUCCUUCAGGAAGCAACAGUAAAACUCAUAGACUCCAAAGUUUGCAAUAGAAAGGAAGUGUACAAUGGGGCAAUAAAACCUGGAAUGAUAUGUGCUGGAUAUCUUGAAGGAGGAAUUGAUUCGUGCCAGGGUGACUCCGGGGGUCCACUGAUGACAUUUGAUUCAAGACAAAUGUGGUACCUUGUUGGCAUAGUGAGCUGGGGGGAUGAAUGUGGAAAACCAAAUAAGCCUGGCGUCUACACACGAGUGACUUACUAUCGAGACUGGAUUACUAAAUAUACCGGGCUUUGAUGUGUGUCAAACUGCCGGCCCGUGGACCAGACG